AUGGCAUUUGCCUAUGAACAAUUUCUUCUGUUGUUGAUGGCUUUCUCAACAUGUUUAUCAUCAACUAGCAGCAAUUCAUCUGUUAAACCUGAAAGACUGGUCUCCAGACUCAUUCACCCUGGCUCAAUUCAUCAUCCCCACUACAAGCCACAUGCAACAGCUCAAGACCGAAUUCAACUUGAUAUCCAACAAUCAGCAGCACGUUUAGCCUACAUACAAGCAAGGAUAGAAGGUUCUUUGGUCUCUAAUAAUGACCACAAAGCUAUUGUUUCUCCCUCUUUAACUGGUAGAACCAUACUGGCCAAUAUCUCAAUAGGCCAACCCCCUAUCCCACAACUAGUUGUUAUAGACACUGCCAGUGACAGCUUCUGGGUCAUGUGCUCCCCUUGCACAAAUUGUGACAACCAUUUAGGUCCACUCUUUGACCCCUCAAAGUCUUCCACAUUUUUCCCAGAGUGCAAAAUACCUUGUCUCUUCAAGGGUUGCAAAUGUGACCCUAUUCCAUUUAGUGCCACUUAUGCUGAUAGCUCCACGGCUUCAGGAACAUAUGGUCGUGAUACUGUUGUCUUUGAGACAACUGAUGAAGGUACCUCUAAUAUAUUAUAUGUACUAUUUGGAUGUGGCCAUCACAUUGGAUACAAUUCAGAUCCAGGACACAAUGGAAUACUAGGACUAAACAGUGCAGCUGAAUCUUUGGCAACAAAAAUUGGUAGAAAGUUUUCUUACUGCAUAGGCAACCUGGCUGACCCUCAUUACAAUUACAACCAACUGAUAUUAGGUGAAGGGGCAGAUCUUGAAGGUUUUUCCACCCCUUUUGAAGUCCACAAUGGCUUUUAUUAUGUCACCAUGGAAGGCAUAAGUAUAGGGGAGAAAAGGCUUGACAUAGCUCCAGGAACUUUUGAGAUAAAAAAGAAUGUUGAUGAUGUGCAUAAACUAAUAUACAAAGAAGUUAGAAAUCUCAUUGGUUGGUCCUUUAGAGGAGCAACAAUUGAAAAUUCCCCAUGGAUGUUGUGUUAUUAUGGUAGUAUCAGCAAAGAUCUAUCUGGGUUUCCAGUGGUUACAUUCCAUUUUUCUGAAGGAGCAGAUUUGACUAUGGAUUCUGGAAGCUUUUUUAGCCAAGUCAGUAAUGACAUAUUCUGCAUGACUAUAGGUCCAGCCAGUAACAUCGACAUUAAAAGUAGACCUUCAAUUGUUGGAUUGUUAGCCCAACAGAGCUACAACGUGGGAUAUGACCUUGUUAAUAACUAUGUUUACUUCCAAAGAAUUGAUUGUGAACUUCUUAGUGGUUGA